CACCACAUCAGGUUUUCCAACUACAGCUCAGGAGCAGACUUCUCCAACUACAGCUCAGGAGCAGACUUCUCCAACUUUAACCACAUCUCCAACCUCAACAACAUCUCCAACAUUGCUAACAUCUCCAACAUCUUCUCCAACCACAAUCGAACAUUCAACAGUUACUUCAACCACAGAUCAAGAGCAGACUUCUCCAACAUCUCCAACAUCUCCAACCACAGUUUAUAAAUCAACGGUUAUUCCAACGAUAAUUCAAGAGCAGACAUCUCCAACAUCUGCAACUUCUCCAACAUCUCCAACUUCCCCAACAGCUCCUACCAUAAUCGAUAAAUCUCAGUUCCUGCACCUCAGGCGCAGACUUCUCCAGAACCAACAACCACAAUUGAUGAAUCAACGCUUAACCCAGCUACACCUCAGGGGGAGACUUCUCCAGGACCUUCAAGCUCAACCGCUGGAUCAGCUGUGGUCUCACGUCAGGCUGAUGUUCAGCAGCUCCACUCCUGUUCCUAGUGAGAAUGGUGUCAGUGCUUUCAAAGCACUGCUGAACUCCACACUCAAAACUUCCCGACACUACAUUUCAGACCGCUCCUACGAAGUCAUCCUUACAUUCCUCAUCAGAAACAUCAGUGUUCCAGAGAGCGUUGACCUCACGAACAACAUCUACACCCAAGUGAAGACCAUCACCAAUGAUUCUGUAAAUACACUUCUGAUACCUCCUGGUGCUCAUCCAAUCGAUCCCACUUCCUACAACUUCACGAGUUCAGUGGAUCAAGUUACUGGUCACAUGGAAUACAGUUUAGAAAUCGUCUACAGUCAGCGGGAGAACGACACAUCUCCAACACCUUCUGCAACUACUCCUCUGGUACAGACUUCUCCAGGAUCUCCAACCACAAUAAUUGGAUCAGCUGUAAUUCAAACCAAGCUGGUGUUCAACGUGUCCUCACCUGGUACCAUUGAGAAUGUGCUCCCAGAAUUAUCAAAAAUUCUGUUGCUGUCUGCAUUCCCAAACCUCGCUGAGCCUCUAGGAGUUCUGGACUACAGUUACGAGA